GAUAACCUUUAAUAUUUUUAGGAACUAGGAAGUUGGGGACAUCGCGAUUUAAGCUUCUCUCCCACCGCUCUCAAGUUCUUCAUUGCGGCUCUUCUUAAUCCAAUUCCUACCUAACAACACCCAUUUCUUAGUUUCUUCCUUUUUCGCCUUUUUUUUUUCCUGUCGAAUCACUUCUCUAUUAGUUUAUUUCUGCGGGGAAGCCAAUCAAACAUGGCUUCUCUCAGGUGGGUAUCUUGGAUUUUGAUCGUCCAUUUGUUUUUCUCAAAAUUGGUGCACUCAGAUUCCUCCUCCGACUCAAAUAAGCUCGCGGAAAUCCCCAAGGAGUUCCUCCGAUUUGCCAAGGAACCGGAGCUGUUUGAUUGGAUGGUGGGAGUCCGGAGGAAAAUUCACGAGAACCCAGAACUCGGUUAUGAGGAAUUCGAGACCAGUAAGCUGAUUAGAGCAGAGUUGGAUAAGUUGGGCAUUUCUUACAAAUACCCAGUUGCGGGGACUGGAGUAAUCGGAUUCGUCGGUUCUGGUCAGCCCCCUUUUGUCGCCAUUCGAGCAGAUAUGGAUGCUCUUGCUAUGCAGGAAUUGGUGGAGUGGGAGCAUAAGAGUAAGGUUCCUGGGAAGAUGCAUGCUUGCGGUCACGAUGCCCAUGUUGCGAUGGCCUUAGGUGCUGCAAAGAUCCUCCAGAAACAUAAAGAAGAGUUGAAAGGAACAGUGGUACUAGUUUUUCAACCAGCUGAAGAAGGAGGUGGAGGUGCUAAGAAAAUAAUAGAAUCUGGGGUGUUGGACAAUGUCGAUGCUAUCUUUGGGCUGCAUAUCGCUCAUAAUAUACCUCUCGGUGAAGUCGCCGGACGACCGGGACCGAUGUUAGCUGGAAGUGGCUUCUUUGAAGCAGUUAUCAGCGGAAAAGGAGGCCAUGCCGCCAUUCCUCAGCACUCCAUAGACCCAAUUUUGGCUGCUUCUAAUGUGAUUGUGAGCUUACAACAUCUUGUUUCAAGGGAAGCCGAUCCUCUAGAUUCACAGGUAGUAACAGUUGCCAAGUUCCAAGGAGGUGGCGCAUUCAAUGUAAUUCCAGAUUCUGUUACAAUCGGUGGCACUUUCCGAGGUUUCUUGAAGGAUAGUAUGAUUCAACUUAAGCAACGUAUUAAAGAGGUUAUCGUUGGACAAGCUUCCGUGCAUCGGUGCAAUGCGACCGUUGAUUUUUACGAGAAAGAGAAACCGAUAUUCCCUCCAACCAUAAAUGAUAAAGGCUUGCAUGGUUACUUCCAAAACGUUGCAGGAGACAUGGUUGGCAUUGAUAAGGUGAAGGAAAUGCCGCCAAUUAUGGGAUCUGAAGAUUUUUCGUUUUACCAAGAGAUGAUCCCAGGGUACUUCUUCUUCCUUGGAAUGGAGAACGAAGCGAUGGGUAGGCUCGAUUGCGUGCACUCGCCCUACUUCCGUAUCAACGAAGACGCACUUCCUUAUGGUGCAGCUCUUCAUGCAUCUUUGGCUACAAGAUAUCUUAUUGAGUUCCAGUCACAAGUUACUUCACCGAAACAAGAACGACAUGACGAAUUAUAAGUUACUUAUCGACCCCCUCGAUUAAAUGUUCUGAAGAGGUUAAAAGCUGUAAAACACUAUCGAAAUCUCAUUGAGCAUCUGUAUUCUGUUCUUUUCAUUUAAGCUGUCAUCUGUUGUUGUAACUACUAGAAAUCAAUCAGCCAAAAUAUUCCAAGAAUCGGAGAAGAUUUCUGUACAUUUCCUCGGGAUAGAUUUGAAUAACAAUGAUCAUUUGCGAAAAAAA